AUGUCGCAAUACGAAACUCAUCGAUUAGCCGAGCUAGAAUGGUCGCAGCAUAACGCUCAACUGCAAUUCGAGAGCUCCGUGAUUACCAGAACGUUGGAAACUCGCAGAUUUUCUGCAGCAGAACAGCAUUGGACACAAGAACGCGAUAUAUAUGAGCCAGAAGUCUUGGGACAAGACCAUCAUUCAAUUCCCAUUUCAAGUACAUAUCAGGCUGCGACUGAAAACGAACAAACGAAUGAAGAGAGAGAAGUUGAGCAGAUGCUUGUCGAUACGGAGGACAGUGAUAAACCUGCUCUCCCCACUGGUGCACAAACCUCGGUAUACGGAACUUCUCCUGCAAUUCUGCGGUCGAUCAAUGAUCUUCAAAAUAUUCGAAAUGACUUCCUCUUUCAGAAGUCUCAAUUCCCGAGCUAUCGAUUAGGUUACUUGAUUACCCUGGCCCAAGUGAAUGGAGUAGUAGUCGAUCGUUCGAUCACGAAGCCUGUAAAAGCAGAUUAUGCAAAUGCCCUCAUACAAUGGUGGUCGGAUGUUUCCACUCGAGUUGAGAUCAAGGUGCCUUCCCCGUACCACGAACCAGUCGUAGAUUUAUCCAAACCCGUGUCACCAUCCAACGCGAUCAUGAAUAAGGGUAUCCUGAAGGAAAUAUGGUUCGAUAUGGCUAACACUAUUAUCCCCUCCUGGAUGACCCGCGCUCCAAGGAAUUUGGGUAGUGUUAACCAGGGUUAUGUCAAAGCUGACCAGUGGCGUACAGCCUGCACUGUUAAUUGUGUUAUUUCGUUGAUCAGACUUUGGGGACAUGCUGAAGCAAGCCAGCGAGAAAAAAACAUGCUCGAUAACUACUUGGCACUCGUCAUUGCACUGCAUCUAGUGGAGUGCAUGGAGUCAUUCGGUCCAGUUCAUGGCUGGUGGUCGUUCCCCUUUGAACGGUACAUUGGCGUUAUGCAGAAAACUAAUACGAAUAAUAAGCUGAGGGAUAUGGAACUCACAUUCUUCUUAUCCUUCUGUCGUGGAAGUAAUCUGAAGGCAUUAAUUUUUGAGAGCAGCCUUCGUGAUGGCCUCCGUGACGCUGUGGAUCAUUUCAAAACACUAUUCGAGAAAUACUUUGGAUCCAAUUUUCAUGGAACCCUUUUGAAUGAUUUGCAGACCCUUAGUGCGGCAGAAAUCUUGGACGAAGGCACAUACGAUAGUUCCGCCCUCAGACCACUUUCAAAAGAGCACGAGUCGGCCACACCACAGUACUGUACAGAAGACGAUCAUACGACGUUAGGAGCGAUACCCAUAAGUCCCAUGGUACAGCAGCGUGAUAGGAUCACCUUCCGAGGGAUCAGUUUCACGACAGGGAAGAAAUCCAUCGGUGACUCAAUGAUCCUGUAUAAAUCUGAUCGUGAGGCAGAGGCACACGCAGGAAAAAUUGAUGGGAUUUUCGUUCAUUCUCGUGCAGGGACAUGCAAAAAAAUCACCGAUUACUUCAUGCUCGUAAAGCCUUUCCGACCAUUAACACCUCUCGAAGCUACAUUCGACAUCUACAGGCAAUACCCGCUUCUGGGUGUUCGUUUGUAUCAUGAUGAGUUUCUAACGGAAUCAGUCAUCAUCAAAGGUUCAGACAUUGUGAGCCAUUUUGCAAGCUUUCUCUCGUUAGACCGAGCCUGGCAACGCAAGAACAGUGACAUUGAAGGCAUCAGACCCCAGUUAGCUCCCAACGAUCAGAGUAUAAAGCCGAAGUCACGACCACACCAGAGCUUAGCGUACAAGGACUGUGAUAGUUUGCCUGAGCGGGGCAUGUUGCUCACAAAUAAAGAACUCAAGUGGUGUUUGGGCAUGCCGUUCACUCACAAUCUUAGGCAAUAG